GUCUAGCUAACCUAGCUAACUAGCUUGUGUAGCAUUGGUGGCAAGUUGAGAAGAGCCUUGUCAAAAUUAGCUGCAGUACAGCACCGUUCAUGUAUUUUUAUGUCACCAAGGCGUUUAGAGAGGUGCACAUCUCUUCCUCGGAAACUGGAAGCUGGAAUUUUCAGACUGGGGUGUCCGUCUCUUCUGAGUAUACACUGCUAGCAGUGGAGUUCAUCCUGUGACUCAGUGGUCAGUAGAGGGGCUCCUGAGAGCAAGGGCCCGAAACUGUAGCUCCCAGUCCCCUCUUCUCUGUGUGUGAGAGAAAACUUGUAUUAAGUCCUGUGGAGACUCCUGGCUUGUCCAGCUUAAGAUGUCCUCCAUAUUGCCAUUCACCCCUCCUGUGGUGAAGAGGCUUUUGGGCUGGAAGAAAUCGACUAGUGGCCCAGGAGGAGCAGGCGGCGCAGAGCAGAACGGACAAGAGGAGAAAUGGUGCGAGAAGGCCGUGAAGAGCUUAGUGAAGAAGCUGAAGAAGACGGGUCAGCUAGAUGAGCUCGAGAAGGCCAUCACCACACAGAACUGUAACACAAAGUGUGUUACCAUCCCCAGCAAUUGCUCUGAAAUAUGGGGACUGAGUACACCAAAUACGAUAGAACAGUGGGAUACAUCAGGCCUUUACAACUACCCUGACCAAACCAGAUCCUUGGACGGCCGUCUGCAGGUCUCCCACAGGAAGGGCUUUCCCCAUGUUCUCUACUGCCGUUUGUGGCGAUGGCCAGACCUUCACAGCCACCACGAGCUGCGUGCCAUUGAGGCCUGUGAGUAUGCUUUCCACCUCAAGAAGGACGAAGUCUGCAUCAACCCUUACCACUACCAGAGGGUGGAGACCCCAGUGCUGCCUCCUGUUCUCGUGCCAAGACACUCAGAAAUCCUGCCAGAGCUGCCACCUCUAGAUGACUACACUCAUUCCAUACCUGAGAACACAAAUUUUCCAACAGGAAUCGAACCUCCAAACAAUUAUAUACCAGAAACACCUCCGCCAGGCUACAUCAGUGAGGAUGGGGAGGCCAGUGAUCAGCAGAUGAAUCAAAGUAUGGACACAGGUUCUCCAGCAGAGCUCUCCCCCAGCACUCUGUCUCCUGUCAAUCACAGCAUGGACCUGCAGCCAGUGACUUACUCGGAGCCGGCCUUCUGGUGCUCUAUAGCGUACUAUGAGCUGAACCAGCGCGUCGGGGAGACGUUUCACGCCUCUCAGCCCUCGCUGACAGUGGAUGGAUUCACAGAUCCAUCAAACUCUGAACGCUUCUGCCUGGGCCUGCUGUCUAAUGUUAACAGGAAUGCCACUGUAGAGAUGACCCGAAGGCACAUAGGAAGAGGAGUUAGACUCUACUAUAUUGGGGGGGAAGUAUUUGCUGAGUGCCUGAGUGAUAGCGCCAUCUUUGUCCAGAGUCCAAACUGCAACCAGCGGUAUGGUUGGCAUCCAGCAACAGUGUGUAAAAUUCCUCCAGGUUGUAACCUAAAAAUCUUUAACAACCAGGAAUUUGCAGCUCUGCUGGCUCAGUCAGUCAACCAGGGCUUUGAGGCCGUCUACCAACUCACCAGGAUGUGCACUAUCCGCAUGAGCUUUGUCAAAGGCUGGGGAGCUGAGUACAGGCGGCAGACUGUCACAAGCACUCCUUGCUGGAUCGAGCUGCAUUUGAACGGGCCCUUGCAGUGGCUGGACAAAGUUCUGACCCAGAUGGGUUCCCCAUCCGCACGCUGCUCCAGUAUGUCCUAAAAUAGCCCCCUCCCCCUCAAAAAAGCCCAUUAUAAAGCUCAUUAAAUUCUAAACAUGUGAGUCCUUUCAUUUUAAAAAAGGAAACCCCACAGAUUGAUUUUUCUGUGACAUACUUCAUAGUAUUUGUGGCCCAGUUCCACAUCCCUCUUUUAACUUCACACACACACACACACACACAGAUACAGACUUUUGAGUAAAACAACAAAAAAAAAAUUGGCACUUUGUUACCCCUCUAUGUCAUGCACCUUGUUAAAACUGUUUUCCCAAAACCUUAAUAUUAGAUCUAUUUGUGGUACAAAUAAAAUGUAUAUUGGUUUUUAGUCUGGGAGGUAGAGGAGAUACCAAAAAUAUCUGUGAAUAGUUUCUCAGUAUUUGAAGAUUGCUUGUAUGAGUAACAUGAUUUCUUUUUCUUUUUUUAAGCCUACCCCAAACAUUGUUAACAUAAGUUUACUUUUCUCUGGGAAACUCGGCCCCGUCUCUUGUCAGGGGGAGGUGGCUUAGUGAAGAAAUGAUGGCCUUGGUGGCCGUUCCCCUCAAGGAAACGCCACGGUGUUUUUGUUUUGUUUUUGUUAAAAAGUGAUUUGAUUGUCUUUGCCAGAACACCCCUUCCUCACACACACACGCGCACACACACACACAAACACACACACACCUCAGUUUUUGUUUGUUUUUUUAUUUUAUUUUAGUUUUAUUUUAAGUGUUGAUGGGUGUCGUUAUAAGACAUUCCUCGUAAUGGAGAAAAGAGUGUUGGUUGAAUAAAUAUUUCAAAAACGAAGUGCUAACUCAGUCUGACAAGAGUUUAUGAUUUUUGUCAUUAUAUGGCACUCUUAUGUGUCCUUGGUUUAGUCGAUUUACAUCCCCCACUUGAACAGCCUGGUAUGGAAGCUGAAGAGGUGGUGGGCCAGGCUUUGCAGGGUGCACUGGGCAGGGACCAGAGAAUAUCAGCUGUUAAUCAAAAAGCUUCUUUUUUUGACAGACACUGGGAGUCCUGGGACUCUCCAAGGUGAAGUAGAGAGCGGUUCACUGGGAGAAUUUGAAGGUUUCAAUGAAUGAAUUCAUUCUGUUUUUAGCCUAUAUCCCCAUUGUUUUGCUACUUUUGUAUUCUCAUGUAUUUUUAUAUAUAAAUAUACUUAAAAUUUCUGUCGUUCACUUUUUAUUAAAAUAAUAUUAUAAAGACCACAGUUGUUUCCAAAGUGACAUGGAGGGCAUGCAUCAUUCCUUCAUAUAUUUUUUUUUUUCUCUCCCUCAAAACUUUCUAAGCAGCUCUUUGUCUUGGUUUAAGGAAAAAAAAACAUCACUGCCACACAUGAUGUGCAGCCUGUAUCUACCCUUUGUCUCUUCUGAAAAAAUCUGGUGCAUUUAAAGUACACUAAAACAGCAACAGAUUUGCCUGAAAUCAACUUUUCUGUAAUGGUUUGAAUGAUUCCAGUGGCAUGUAAAACUUUGUAAUGGCCAUUUGUUCAUUCAGCUUCAAUUUUAUUUUAUUUUCUUCCUGCCCCCUUUCAUUUUUGGAAAAACACACGUGACCUCUUGUAGCCUUCUGGUGCUUACGGCAGGCAGGUUAAGAUGAACCAGAUAUAAUUGGCUUUCAAAAUGUUACAGGAGCGUCGGAAGGAGAGUGUUUAUUUUCUCCCAUGAGAGGAGCGAAUGUGCCUGCACACUGGGACAUUCUGUGUUAGUGUUUGUAUCGUACUUGUUCUGUCUAUAAAAUACAGUAUGUACAACAAGACUUUUAUGGCUUCAACUCAUUUUGUGGCUGUUGCGAGUUUAACAUGUCCCCGCCCCCAAAAGAUGUUUACCAUAUGGCAGUAGUGAUUGUACUUUAAGUGCACCUAGUGAAGUUUGGAUUUGGGGAACUGAACCAAGUGUUAGGGUCCAGUGUUACAUUGUUUUGACUUUGGCCUACAACAUAUGAAUGUGAAAAAAAAAAAAAAAAUUGCAUUACAAAAACUGACGUGGACCAGACAUGCAUAUACAUAUAUACAUAACAGUAGUACAGUAUGUGUGUAUUUAACAGUAAUCUUUUUGCAAAGCAGUCAGUACAGUAGAUGUGGCAGUUGUCUUACCAGUAGAGGGCGGUAUUGAUAGAGCAGUUAUUUUUCUCUUUUGUUUUUUCCUUUUUUUUCCUGACCAUAAGCUUCUCAGGCGUGCGCAUAUUAUGCAGACUUCAUAAAACACUAAUAAAGAUUUUUAUUCUCAUGA